AUGAGCAAAGAUUCAAAACAACUUCAAACAGAAACUGGUCAAGAUCUGGAAAGCACAAAGCAAUGCUACAAAAAGACAUUGAUGAAUUUUGAUAUCUGGAAGUGUGCUGUUCUAGAGAUGAAAUUACCUGAGGACAAACUUGUUCAAGUUAAAGGAAAGAUGAAGGAGAUCAGAAAUGCACUUAGAAAUCUAUUCAAAAAACGGAUCUCAGAGCUGGAAGAUCUUCCCUGUGAAUUCUCAGCCACCAAUGUUGCAGAUAUCCACAAGAUAUGGGAAUUAUUGGAACCAACCAAUAAAGAUGAAUCAAUCUCAUUCAUUAGAAAAGGAAGUGAUAUCAUGAUUGAUUUCUUCAUUGACUUACAAAAUCUUGAAAUUAUCACCAAGAACUGUCUCUCCAAUUUUCUUAACAAGGAGGGUGGUUCACGGAUCAUCUCAUCUUAUGCCUUCAACAGAUUUUGUCAACCCACGUGGGACAUGUGCAAGAUUUACAUGAAUUUUAAUAUCAAACUAAGUCUUCUAGAAGGCCCUGCAACAGCAAAAAUGGGGGAUCUUUUGAAAGUUUUGGAAGAGGAUGCCUGGAGAAAAAUUGAAUUUGACUACCUCAAGGCUCAAAUCAUGGCAUAUACUAAAGAUGCUCCCCAAGAAAUUCCUUAUCAGAUGGAACAUUUAUUCAACAGGUUCAUUGAAUUGGAACACAUGGACAAAGUCUCUGUGGAGAAUAUGCAAGAUUUCAUCAACCAUUCCAUGAAGCAUUUAGGAGAUGAAUUCAAGACAGAAGUUGCAGAAAGGGAUGAAAUUGAAGCAAACUCAUUGAUCAAAACAAAGCUUGUAUAUGACAUGAUUAGUUACCUCCUGCGUCACCACAAAGAUAUUUCAAUUCCUGAAAAUCAAGAGAGCUUGUCUUAUGACAAAAUGUGGGCAAUUGAAGCUGGAGUUAUGUGGCUUUCAAGCUUAUAUCACAGACUAUAUAUCAGGGCUAGAUAUUAUGAAGAUGAAUUGGACCCAACCCCUUGGAAACCUGAUUUCUUGGUGGAUGAAAAUGAAAACAGAUGGAUUUCACUCUUUUCAGUUAGUGGAAAGCAGGUAGAAGAAAUUGUGGAUUUGUUUGGACAUGCCACCUUGAAGCCAAACUUUGAAAAGCUGAAAAGAAAGAAACACAUUCAAACAACCACAUAUCUCAAUGCAAGAUAUGACUACGCAUUUUACAAAAUCAUCUCCCGGGAUGAUGAAGAAAGCGUUGAAAGUGGGUUAUUAAGUCUCAUCAAGCACUUCAAGCAAGCUUAUUAUACUAUUAUUGAGCAUUAUGAUGAUUUAAUCCGCAACAACAUUACCAGAGAAAAGUUACAUGAAGAAAUGGAGAAGAUCACCUUCUAUGACAACUAUGCAGAUGACCCCAGAUCUCGACGACAUGCGUCGAUCAGAAUGAACGGUUCCUCUAUUGCGGAGAAAAAGCAGAACAUAAUCUUCUUCAAGACCCCCAACGAAUCAACUGGAUAUUCGGAGGAUGAGUACACCAAGACUUUCGCUUCGACGGGGGCGUACCAACCGAUAUUUGUGCCGAUUCUGCGGACGAAAGUUUCAGAGGAAGAGGUUGGCGAGCUAGCCAAGUUGAUCAAGAUGGGUGCAAGACGGUUGAUGCUCGAUGGCGUGGUGGUGACUAGUGCUCGAUCGGUCGACUCCCUCCAACUGGCCAUCAAGAAACUUAACCAGGAAACUAGCCAGGGCCAGCAACAAGAACAGUCCGCUUCAGAUUGGCGCACGAUCCCAUUCUUCGUCGUCGGCCCGAGCACUCACAAUGCUCUUGCCCGCUUGAACAACUUCAGCAAUCCUGCAAUCUUCCCUAAUCCGCUCAACCACGAGAUCGAGAUCUUGGGCCAUAAUGAAUCGGGUUCGGGGCACAAACUAGCUGAAUUUAUCAAAAACUACUUCUCUAGGAAAGGUACAAAACAAUCUCAAAGAAGCAAUUUGAAUGGUCACCAGAAACAUCAGGAUACCAAAACUGAAGAAGGGGCAUAUUGUGCCACAACUAGCCCGACUACAGUCCGACUGCUAUAUCUGAUCGGCAGCCAUCAAGACUCAAGUCUGAGUGAAAACCUAUCAAAACACAACGAAGAAAACGGAGCAGAAAGAGAAGAGAAUGGUAAGGAUGAGCGCACGGGACGAAUCCGGUUCGAAUUAGUACCGACAAGAGUCUACUCGGUUGAGCCCGAAACGCAGCCGCGUUUCGAGCCACACGAGUUGUUUCCUAACCACGACUGCUCGCCUGAGUCCGGCGGUGAUGAUCGGAGAAGACAAGAUGAGGAUAAGAGAGGCAAAGAAGAAGGGGACGAGGAGCGGAGGCGGAUGGAAGAAGAGAUCAAAGAAGAGCUUGCGGAGAUGAGACGGGCUGGGAAUCGGGCGAAGAAGAAGAACGAUUGGCUGGUCUUCUUUAGCCCGAACUCGAGCCGGAUAGUCCUCGAGAACAUCAACGACCUCCUCGUCCAGAUCAAGCUCAAGUUCCUAUCUCUCCAGAGGAAUCCGCCCGCCUCAAGCUUCAGCCACGAUCUGCUCCACCUCGACUCGGUCAAGAUCGCCGCUAUCGGCUCAACGACCGCUGCCUUCCUCGCCAGCCACUUCGCUUUCCACCCUCAGGUCGUCCCCCUCAAGCCAAACCCUUCUAGCCUUUUACGUGCUAUCCUAGAGUUUGAUAAUCGUCUUUCGUCUGACUCUUCCACCCUUUAA